CGACAUCCCGGCUCAUUUUCAGUACAUCGCCACCCACCGCACCCGCAUCCGCGGCCGGAAGGCGAGCUGCGGGCUCGCGGCCGAGCCCCAUCGCCAGUGCGUGUACUUUCGUAGCUUGAACGGCAAAAGGUAUAAGAUCCCGCUGCGCACCGACGACCACCUUCGGGAGCUGGUGCGGGAAUCCGGUCAGGACCUUGUUGGCGCCGACUGGCGCUGGGUUGCGGCGCGGAAGGAGUUGCACCUCCACCACAAGUAUCAAAUGCAAAAAUGUCUGGGUCUGGAAGAAUUCGUGUUUGUCAUGCUUGUCUGGCAUGAUUCUUAAAUCUGUGAUGCACGUUCCCCAAGAGCCCCAUUUUUCUGUGAUGCAGAAGCGCAGUUUGUCAUGCAGAAUAGCCAACACCUAGGAGCUCAGAAACUUGUCAUGCUGAGCCAGCAUCUGUAGCCUCAUGAUGAGACGCCACCCAGCAUCACAAGUUUCCAGACCCAGACAUUUUUACUUUUGAUAACAAGAAGGCGGCGGCAAGUGCGGCCGCAGCUCCCGUUGGAUCAAAC